AUGGUCGGUCUCAUUUUUGAACCACACCCACCGACCGCGAAGAAAUUUCUUCCGUACGUGCGGAAGAAAUUUUACGUGUAUUUGAAUAUAAAAAGAACUAAGGGAUUCAAGAGCGGAUUAAGUGGUUGCAGUGGGAUUAUGUGGAUUAUAAUCUGUUAAAUUGAAAUAAAAACAAGGUCGCAGGUGAGACUAUAAAAUCUUGGCGAAGGUGUCCUGCAUUUCAGAACUUCUGAGCUUUACCUGGAUCUUAUCAAGAGCAACAGUUACAGAAUAUACUAUUUACAGGUACGUUUAUCAUUCAGGAUUGAUGUUCGUAUAUUGUCGUGUAUGAAUUAACAGAGCUGGUUUGCUGUCUUGAAACCCAUAAAUGUCUAGACAUUUCAGCGAUCAUUGAAAGAAAUCAGAUGUCGAAAAACUGCGAUUGUAUAUAGGUGCUGUAUUCAGAUUUUAUUAUUAUUAUUACUUAUGCUUAAAAAUACCCACCUUCUCUAAUAUUAAAUUACAGUAUGUUUACAAAGUUCUAAAAAGGUGAUAUAGAUAUAUUUACAAUCAAGGACGCCGGAGCGUUAAAGAGCAGGAGGGGCAAUGCGAGCAUGAAGGGCAGUCGAUAGAAAAUACGUAGCCACGCCCUUUUAAUGGGAUUUCGAUGAUUUCCAAAGUUUCGUCAAAGCCCAUCGCUGCUAUUUUGGUGUUGUCCAAUAUUGAUCUGAGGAGAAUAUCUUUCGCAUAUUUCAGAAGUGUGUUAGUUGAUAGACCUUCAGUGCAUUAGAAAAUUCCCACAAAGACGUCAGAAACUUCGUAUUCAGAUGUGCAUAUCCUGACGAAAAACGAUAGUUUCUCUUUCUUAAAUACGUCUGAGGACAGAGUAGAAAUCAUUUUCCCGUCCAUUGUCCAAUAAAUCCGUUCAGCCUUCAAAACUAUAGCAUUUGCUUUAGUUCUUCAGAGUAUCAUGUGCUGUAACAUAUAGCGUUUGUCUUCUAACAGUAACUCCAAACCCUUGUCAUUGAUCGCGCGCCUUGUCUAGAUCAAACUGAUGUAUAAACCUGAAAAUAAUAUUUACCCCAAAAAUAUUAAAUUUGACAAGAAAAAACAAUUAUUGAAAGUAAAAAAUAAGAAGCGUACUCGAACUCUAGACGUGAGGCCUCAUUUCCCCAUACUUUUACGCCAAUAAUAUUUAUGCUAAAAGGCUACCUUUGCCCCCCUUGCGCCCCUUAGGAAAGGGCAAGGGGGUACUUGCCCCCCCCCCCCGCGCCCGCCUCUCCGGCGUCCCUGUUUACAUUUGUUAAUAUUUGCAUAUUGGAAACUUAUUAUAGCUAGAGUAUUAAUUAACAAUUAUUUGCCGAAGGCGAGGUGAUCAUCGGUGAAUAAAAACGGAGACGAAGUCGAGGUUUUUAUUCACGAUAAUCACCAAGCCUGAGGUGAAUAAUUGUUUUAGUAUAAUUUCAUAGGUGAUUAUUUGGGAAAAAAAUAAGAAAAUACACAUUUCUUCAUCAUUUAAUUGACAAAAAGGCUUCGGCCGCCAUUUUGAAAAUCGCUUAGGUGAUUAUCGCGUAAUAAUCACCUCAACGGCAACCAAUCAGCGUGGAGAAUUUUCAAUAAUCACCUAUGUAAUUAUACUAAUGGCUGAUAUAAACUGCUGAAAAAACAGAUAUCGUUCUGUUCUAUGUUUAAUUGUUGUUCAAUGUAUUCACGUUUCUUAUUGUUCGUUAUCAUAGUUAUAUUGUUUCUAUGGGCGCUGCAAUAUGAUUUAACUGAGGACUCCCUUUUCCGAUAUUUUCCAUGGUGUUGCAUGGCAGAGUGAUAAUGAGUUAUAUUGUUAUGCUAAUGAGUUUAAAAGCCAUCUUCUCUUCGAUGGGCUGGUCUAAUAAAUGUUUAUAAAUUUCCACUCGAUUAUUUACAUCCUUCCACCUACAAACGUACUUCAUUUGACCAGCAGACAAUUUCGCGAAAUAUAUGUAACAUGCACCUCGAAUAUUAUAAAUUAGUCUUGUAAAUCCAAGAUUUGAGCUAUGGAAUGGAAAAACUAUAUUUCUACAGGGUAGCCCAUUCAGCUCAAUCGCUGCUGCCCAUAGGGGCGCUGUAUAUUGAAAGAAGACCGACAAAAUUGAAGGUUGUUUCAAUAACUGAAGCAACAAGAUUUACAUUUCGUUAUCUUACAAACCUCUGCUAUUUCCUUGACUUUCUCUGUUGCCCGUUGGCUGAAAAAUAUUGUUUGUGUACCUAUUUCAUAAAACGUAUUUCGCAAACCAUUUGAAGUUCAUGGUGUUAGAUUGUCGUUGACAUGUGACCCUUGGAUAAUGAUCAUUCAGCCAACCAGGUUAUGAUUACGCAGUCUGUGGUAGAAAGAAUGGGAGGCCAGCCCCCAAGAACGGAAAUUUCAUGUAGAACAAAAGGGUACAGUUUCCCUUAGUCUUUAUACGAUUUUUAGCCAGGGGUGUCAGAAAAGUUCUCACAGCGAUAACUGGCUUAUGGUAGGCAAGCGUUCAUGCAUACUUAUUAUGAUAAGUACCAAAUGAAGUGUUUGUGGGGCCUUUGUGUUGCAGUGGCUGAGUUAAAACGUCAUAGAGAAACGCGAAAGUCAUUAUUGGUAAAUCAUUUUAACUUCUUCAGCACCACUUCAGAGUCACGAAACUGAUAUAUCUGCAAACACACUGCAACGAUAUGCAGUGUUCCAUCGCGCUUGCCGAGAUUACGAUGAAGUUGUAUAAUUGGUGCCUGCAAAACUUGUAUACAUUUCACUCAUGCAUUUCAGUCAUAAUUCACAAUGAAAUGCAACACAAACAUCAUAGCGAUUUUAGUAUCUUUCUUCAUUUAUGUACAUGAAAAAGCAUUUUUUCAGUAACACGCAGUCGAGGAAAUUAGCAUAGGUUUAUAAGAUAACGAAAUUAGUGUAACAUCUUGUUGUUUCAGCUGUUGAAACAACCCUGAAUUUGUUGUCUUGUUCAAAAAACGAGUUUACGAGAUAAUAAUAUUCGAAGUGUGUUUGAAUUUUAUUUAUUGUUCUCGUUUGAUCGGACGCGAGAGUACGGAAAACUCUCAUGCAAACUUUCGCUUCUCAACUCUCAUCAAUUUCUCAGAUGAAAAAUUUCUCAUAUGAACACCCCAGCUAGUUUACUGGGGUGAUUACUGUCAUCCGGGUUUUGCCGUUUAAUUUAACACAUGUUAUUUAGUUCUAUAUUUGUUUUAUAAACCAGUAUUAAAUAUGCAGCCAAGACAUAUCCUUUGUGUGCGUAUUUCAUUAAACGUAUUUCGUAUACCAUUCGCAGCUGCCGCUAACAUGUGACCCCUCGAUUAAAUAAUAAUCUUUCCUAUUAUUAAUUUUCAUUAAUCUUGGAUUGAGCAGACCAAGUUGUGAUUAUGCAAUCUGCAAAAAUAAUUCUGUCCUCCAGAACGGAAAUCUCACAUAUGAAUACAAUGAAUACUCACAUAUGAAUACUUUUCAGUACAUGAAUACAAACUGCGAAGGCAUGGUCCAUCGAUCCCUUAGUCAUUACGAGUUUUACCUAGGGAUGUUAGAAAGUUCUCACAGGAUAACUGCAGGUCUAUAUAUUCUACAACAGGGCAUAAACGAUUUCGUAAAUUGAUUACUAGUAGCUCGGUCUUUGUCCCCUUCAAUUCCAAUUUAUUUUUGACCAUCUACAAAUCAAUCUCUUUCACACACCCAAAAGCGAGAUAUAACUGUGACUUAUAAUUGUGUUUUUUAAAAUCAAUAAAAUAUGUUAACUUGUUAGACUUGUUUAUUCCAAAGCCGUCCUCAGAAUUCGUAUUUAAUGAUGAUAAAAUUUCAUUAAAUACAUAGAAAAAUAAAAUGUCAGUCUGUCGUACUCAUUAAGAUUUUCAUUCAGUGAAUUUUAUAUUACGAGGGUAUAUUUUAAGAAUUUAAUUGUUUUAAAAAGUUUUCAUUUUUUCACAGGAUAUUUUUUCGAGUCCUCGUCAAAUUGUGAAGAAUGAAAGUUUUGUUGCCUUUCGCUUGUGUCGUUCUGUUCGUUGCGUUCGCGACAGAAGAUACUGUAGGAGGUUGGUAUCAUCCUUCGUACAAACUUGAAUAGCAAUGAUUUUCAUUGUUUUUUCUUGAAAUUAAAGCUCAGGGUAAACUAGGUAACAUUUAGGAAACUACAGUUCUCUUGUCUUAAGGGAAGCAGACCAAUCCCAAACUGUGUUAGAAACUGGGACCGACCAUAGACAUAACAUAAUAUUUUAUAGUACAUAUCAUCAAUAUUGUUUAUAUUAUAGCAGUUUUAAACUGAACCUUUCACAAUUUUUAAAUAUUUUAAUAUUAUCUUUGUAAUAUCACGUUUUUUAAAUUUUUAUGAAUUUACAAUGUGGUAAUUAUUAAAAAUCAAUCAAUCAAUCAAUCAAUCAAACAUUGUUUCCUAACCUGUGGUCACGUUUUCUUGGCGAAAGACACACCAUUGUAGGAUUACGAGUGUCUGGUUUGGGUGAAUUAGAUAACCAGGCCCUGUGUAAUUGAUCUUAAGCAACUCAUCAAUAAAUAAUUCAAUGACUCAUUACCUUAAAAGAUUCAUUGAAAAACGUCAAAGAUGCCCCACAAUCACUUUCCCCUGUAGUUGUGGCAUUCUUGUGCCAAAUGUUUCCAGGAAGUUAAUCUUGUACUUGUAGAAUAAUCUUUUGCUGAGGAACGAAACAGAAUAGUUGUUGAAUGAAAUAUAAGUUUUGUCCUUUUUACAUUUGGAGAAAUAAAAAAAAAUUAAGUUCUUAGGAAAGGUUUUUGCUUUAUGUUUGGAUGGGAAGUAAAUUCUAUAAAUUUCUGCGACAACUAUGUAUAAUGUUUGAGGAACAUCGAAAUUUAAUGUUUACCAACUGAAAGUUUCCUAAUUUGAAGGGUGGUGUUAAAUGCCGUGGUUUGAACUUUAAUCGCCAACUAAAAGCCAAGAAGAAUAUAUUUCUCCGUCUGUUUUGUCAACACGACAUCAGACGGGCCGGCAAGAAAAUAUCAGGCAGAAUUAGUCCCCAAAAUGGAAGAGCCGUUGCCACUAUUCUGUCUGGUUCGUCGAUAGUAAGCAACUCAUCAGCAAUAAUUAAGUGACUCGUUAUAUUUAUGUUCAGAGUCUCACUGUCUCCUCCGCAGGCCCUUCUAUAUAUAGAUUGAAUUAAAAAUUCCGUAAUAUAGAGAUCAGUGGCGUGCAUUGCAAGUCCGAUAAAGACGCACGCCUCAGCCGGACGCCCGCAACUAAGGACGAAGGCGAAAAGAAAAAUGGGAAGACGAGACAUUCCCCUUUCGCACUAAUUAUUAAUUUUAUUAAUAUUAUAUAAUAUAUUAAUAUUACUAAAUAUUAAUAUAUUAAUUAUUCAAUUUCCUCAUUAAUUAUUCUGAUUAUUUGUUUUCCUCUUAAUUAUUCAGGUUUUUUCGUUUUCCUCCUAAUUAAUUAUUCGUUUUUUUCCUAAUUAAUUAUUUGUUAGCAAAAAAGCCCGAACGAAGUUGUCCUACAAUCAUAUUCCCGUGUACCCGUAUGCGAAGUGUUUGUGCGAACAUUCGACGGGCCAUUAAAGGCGGCAAACCAGCUCGUCUACAUCGCAUCACGGACAGAAGAGCCAUAAAUAAUAACGCACGUCUCGCUAAAUGCGCAGGCAAAAUAUGUGCCCAGUAUCCGUUCGCUACAACCAAACAAGGUACGGAGUAUCAGCAUUAAAUGAAAUUUCCCCACAGGAGAGGCGACCCGUGAUUCACAAGUUUGUUUUUUAGAGUAGUGACCAUAUGGUGUCUUCAUGCAGAGAUGUCUGUCUUAGAGAGCUUUCUGUAUUAGAAUUUCUGUAUUAGAGAAAUACUCAUUAGCUGUGAUCUUUGCAUAGCAAAGCCUUGCUUGGGAAGGAAUAUAUAGAGAUAUCUAUAUUUAAGAGAUACCCAAAUCAGGAAGGUUUCUGCAUUAGAUAUGUGUUCGUAUAAGAGAGGUGUCUGUAUUAGAUGGAGAAGUCUCCGUAUAAGAAAGGUGGCUAGAUAACAAAGAUGUGCCAGCAUUAAAAGGGAGUACAUGUUAGAAAUGUGUGCCGGCAUUAGAGAGGUGUCCGCACUGAAGAGACGAACGUAUUAGGAAGGUGUGUCUGUAUUAGAGUGGUACCCGUAUUAGAGAGAUGUCUCUAUUGGAGAGAUGUCGGUAGUGAUGAGACGAACGUAUUAGAUUUAAGGUAUGUCUGUAUUAGAGCGGUGCCCAUAUUAGAGAGAUAUCCGUAUAGAGAAAAGUCCGCAGUGAAGAGACGAACGUAUAUUAGAAAGGUAUGCGUAUUUGAGUGGAUCUAUAUUCGUCAUUAUUACUUUUGGCAUGCAGCCUUACAGAGCCGGUCUUAACCAUCAAUAUUUUCUUCUUUUUUUCUAGGUGGAAAAGGUGCUUUUGUAAAGUCUGUCCCAAGAG